AUGGUAUCAAAAGAAAAGAAACCAAUAAGAGGAACACCUACAAGAAGAAUAAAAAGAAUCAAGAACCUAUCUUCUCCAUGUAGUAUCAACAGUGACGUCACUUCAACGUCAUCAUCUACUUCAAUAUCCUCAACUGCUACGUCAACGUCGCCCAGUGGAUGUUGUACUCCGAUAUCUAAGAAGUCGCGAAUACCGGAGAUGCUGACGUGUCCGCCAGCGCCGAAGAAGCAAAGGGUGGCGCAAAACUUUGCUUUGAGGAGGAGACAAAUCUCUUUCUUUGCUCCUCCAGAUGUAGAGCUCUUCUUUGUUAUAGCACUUGGUCAUAAUCAUGGUCAAGCAAUCGAUAAAUAA